AACUGGGACACUUUUGUCGGGAUUUUGCUUGGUUCACUUGUUGAAGAGGCCAUCGCAUGUCCUCUUUUCUUUUUCUGCGUGCGUGCAGGACGUCCUUGCGAUGUCCAGCACACCGCACCCUCCACUCAUUGGCCAGACACAACCCAUCUCGUCCUGACGUAGGGUCUCUUUCAUCGCGUCGCCACCAGUCUUCAGCCACUGCAGCUGCAGAGGCACCACCCAAGCUCGCUCCUGCUGUGGAGGAAGAUGUCGACGCCGUCUCUGAAAACGAGCCAGAGGGCGCCUUAUCUUCCUCUUCCUCUCCCCCGGCAGAGUCUCAAGCUGAUGCGGACUCGUCCUCAUCGUUGCCUGUUCUCUCCAAGGAGGAGCUUCUCGCAGAGGAAAAGCCAACCUUCCGCUCACUCAAAGGUCGCCUCUCCUACCCGACCCUCAAAGCACUCACGGUUAAACCCUUCGCCCUCGAACACAUGACCCCCAUCCAAGACGCCGUUCUCUCCCUCCUCCCCGGCCUCGUCCGCUCUCCAAAGCUCACCCAGCCCCAGGACAAGGACGCAGUCGAGGUAGAGGACAGCGAAGAGGAAAUGGAACGGCAACUCACCCCAUCGGCACAUAACCACUCGGACUCGGACAACGACGGCGCCUGCGACAUCCUCGCGCGCGCCAAAACCGGUACCGGCAAGACCUUUGCUUUCGUCAUUCCCGCCAUCGAACACCGCCUCAACGCAAUCGAGCACCACGCCAAGCAGGCCGUGCGCGACGCCGGCUUUGUCACCGAGAAGCACCUCGCUGGUCGCGUGCGCAGACAGUUCACGCGCGAGCACGCGGGCGCCCUCAUCAUCUCGCCCACGCGCGAACUGGCAACGCAGAUCGCGAACACGGCGCUGAGGCUCACCCAGCACCACAAGGACUUCGAGGUCAGGUUGUUCUAUGGUGGCGGCAGCAAGCGGAUGCAGAUGCGCGACUGGAUGAAGGGCAGACGGGAUAUCGUCGUCGGCACUCCUGGACGGCUGCGCGAUCUCAUCGAGAACGAGCCGGAUUUCAAGCAUGGGAUUGAGAAGUGCAAGAUGCUCAUCCUCGACGAAGCCGAUACCCUCCUCGACAUGGGUUUCCGCGACGACCUCGACGCCAUUAUCUCCGCGCUUGCUCCCCCCUCCGAGCGACAGACCCUCCUGUUCAGCGCGACCAUUUCCCGUGGUGUCCGCCAGGUCGCACGAAACUUCCUCAAGCCCGACCACAAGUUCAUCGACGUCGUCCCCGCCUCGGACUCGCCCGUGCACGCGCACGUCCCGCAGUACCACACCGUGCUCCCCAGCGCCGCCGAGCAGAUCCCGCAUCUCAUGCGCGUGCUCGCGCACGACCAGCUCACGCACCCGGGCCGCAGCAAGACCAUCGUGUUCCUGCCCACGACGAAGAUGACGCAGCUCUUCGCGUCCACCGUCCGCCGGAUCGCCAAGGACGUGCUCCCCGCCGGCGAGCGCACGAACGUGUACGAGAUCCACAGCAAGCUCCAGCAGCGCGAGCGCUCCAAGACCUCGGACCUCUUCCGCUCGGACAAGUCCGGCGCCUCCGUCCUCAUCACAUCUGACGUCUCUGCGCGCGGCGUCGACUACCCCGGCGUCACGCGCGUCGUGCAGGUCGGCAUGCCCGGCUCGCCGGACCAGUACGUGCACCGCGUCGGGCGCACAGGCCGACAAGGCGCCGCUGAGGGCGUCGUCGGCCGCGGCGACCUCGUGCUCCUCCCCUGGGAAAUCGGCUUCGUAACAUGGCAGCUCACCGAGGUGCCCAUGCGCCCCGUGACGAGCGCCGAGAUGGCGCGGCAGGUCGAGGACAUGGCGCGCGCGUUCGACGACGAUCCGGACACGGCCGCCAAGUUCUUUGGACACGUCAAGGCCGGUAGACCGCAGCAGUACAUCAGGAAGGAGCGAGGCGGGGAGCGCGAGCCGCACGGCCGCCUCGCGCCCCAAGCGUACCCGGCCGCAGCGCACCCGCGCAUCGAGCGCGAGAACCUGCUCACGCGCAUCGCGCGCGCACAGGCGGACGCGGACCCGCAGGAUGCGCGCGAGGCGUUCGCAUCGCUCCUUGGGUACUACGUGCCCAAGUCGCACGAGCUCCGCGUGCAGAAGGGCAACGUCGUCGAGGGCCUCAAGGACUGGGCCGUCGCCGCCGGCGGGCUCGAGGCGCCGCCGUUCGUCUCUGAGGCGUUCCUCCAGCGCGUGGGCUUCUCCGAUGGACGCACGAAGCAUUUCAACUCGUCCGACGAUUCAAGGUCAAAGGCGCGCAAGGGCGGCAGCAGAUUCGGCAGUAGCAGCACCAGCGGUGGCUACGGCGGCGGCGGCGACAAGAAGCCCCCGCACUGGAUGGGCCGCGGCCGACAGGCCAUCCGCGACGGGCGCGAGUCCGAGGGACCGCGCCACCAGGACGCCGAGAUCGCGCCGUACUCCUCUUCCCGGGGCGGGAACAGGGACAGGGACGGAUACGGGUACCAGAACGACAGCGGCAGCGACGACAGGAUGCGCCUGCGCGACGACCCCUCGUCGUACCGCGGCGAGCGCUACGGCUCAGCGAACACGAAUACGAGCCGCGAGCGAUAUGGCAACAGCAGCCGGCCGCCACGUGCACCCUACAGCGGCGGCGGUGGUAAUGCCUCGCGUGCGCCUUACAGCGGCGGCGGCGGCAACGCCUCGCGUGCGCCUUAUAGCGGUGGCGGCAGCGCCCCGCGGCGCGACGAGGUGAAGGACCGGUACGCAGGCGACGGGCGCACGCGGCGGUUCGAUGUGCGCGGCGCGUACGGCGCGAACAGCGCGACCGGGGGGCGCAUGCAGAGGCGCGGCGGAGGGGACGACGGCGGGGACUUCUAAUCUUGAAGUCUGACGCUGUUCCACGCGGUUAUUGCUAUCGAUCUACUACUGUACAUUCGGGUUAAUUCGCAUACAACUUAGAUAGAACUUGCUUUGUUACUUAUCAUUUAUCAUUUAUCACUUAUCACCCCACCCUAGCUAUAGCCAAGUGUAUAAUA